CUAGUCUCCAUAGCAACAGGUCGCCGCGAGCGCUUGUCACAAAGAUUCCAAAGAGACGGAUCCGUGCUGCGAACCGCCGGCCGCAAGUCCCCGCCGGGGCCACGAUGCGAAAGGGGAAAGGCGCGAAGCGCGGGAGGGCGAAGAAGGGGGCCAAGGCUGAGUCGAAGGUAGAUAAGGAGUCUGAGGCUGAGCGGGCCAAGGCCAAUGCGGCGCUAUGGGAAGCUCGGCUACAGGUGACUGAGAUCUCCCGGGCCGAGUAUCGGAAGGCUGCACGUGUGCUGGCCAGGAACAAUGAGGAGCUGGCAUGGCAGCAGCACCGUCUGGAGAAGGACACAGUUGAGGUGAUCAGCUUUCUCAAGAAACAGGAUGUGGAGAAAGAAGAGCAGAUUGCAAAACUGAAGCAACAGCUGGCAGAUUUGAAGCAGCAGGCCCAAGAAGAGAAUGAGAAAGUGGCAGAACAUUAUUCUGCGCAGUUGAAAGAUCUGGAGGAGAAAUUCAGCAAAAAAGCAAGAGAAAUUGGCUUAAUUCAGUUGGAACUGAAAACAGUAAAAGAAUUUCGCAAGAAGAAAGCACAUAUGGAGAAGGAACUGGAAGAUAUAAAAGAGAAUAUGAGAAUCUCAAACAGGGAACAUCAGGAGACUCUUGGAAGGCUGGAGAACAGGUUCAUUGAAGAAAAGCAACUACUAGAAAGAGAGGCUGAGAAGAAGAUAGUAAUGCUGGCAGAGAGAGCCCACCAUGAGGCCAUUGUGCAGUUAGACAGCACUGGGAGAGCAGUGUUUAAGGAGAAUGUUCGUCUUCAGGAGGCUCUUGCUUAUCACCUGAAGGAGGCACAGGAGCUAAAAAAAAUCAAGAAGCAGCUAGAAGAGGACAAAGCUUUUCUUCUGCAGGAAAAGGAAACCAAUGAGAAUUUGGUUCAGGAAAAGGUCCAGCAAGUCACUCUGCAGAAAGCACAGAUAAAAGCACUUCAGCACAAGGUAGAGAGACUGGAGGUGGCACUAGGUCACAUGACCCAAGAAUUUGAAACAGAAAUUCAGAAGACACGGCAUCAGGCUUUAGUUCAAAACCAGGCAGGCAUGGUAGAGAUCAACAAGCUGCAGCAGCUGCUGGAGAUGAAGGACCGGGAGAUGAAUCGAGUGAAGAAACUGGCCAAGAACAUCCUGGAUGAGAGGAGUGAGGUGGAAAGUUUCUUCCUAGAAGCUCUGGAACAGGUGAAGCGUGAGAUUGUGUCCAGCAGGAAGUGCUACAAGCAGGUGGCCCAAGCUGCCUAUCAGAAGAAAAUGAUGGAGGCAUUUGCAGGGAAGGAAGAGUACCCCAAAAUCAGAACGUUUAACAGCAACGCUCACAGCACAAAUAGUGUGUACAAGGACCUGCAGGAGGCAGAGAAAUGGACAAAUAUCCAGCAAGGGAAGGUUGAUAUUGGCCAGUUGACAUGGGAGCAGAAGGAAUGUGUUCUGAGGUUACUCUUUGCAAGAAUGAAUGGCCUGGAGCGACGGAAACGCAAACAUGUUUUGGUCCCUUCAGCUCCAGCUGCUGUUACUCCUACUUCUGAAGAAAGAAACAAAGCUAGCACUGAAAACAUUGCUCCUAGCCUGACCUUCAUCACGCAGCAGGUCCCAGUAUCAGAGCCCUCUCCUCAUGAAGCAAUCCUUCCAGAUAUUGAGAUGGUAACAUCACAGACAGCAGAGUAAGGUGGCUGUAGACUCUGACUGAACAAGAUGUAAGCUAAUGAUGGUUACCAUCUCAUCUGCACCUUUUCUUCUGGGACUCUUGUGUAAGUGGAAUGAUGUGACAGCUGUGAAAUCUUUAAUAUCCCCAUUUUAUUGUGGUGUUGGUUUGGCUUUCAUUUGAAACCAGCCUGAAAGGGGACUGUAAAUUAAUUUUAUAUACACGUUUAAGGUUUUGUCUUCUAAAAUAAAAAAAUCUUUUAUUCUUCCCCUAGCUCAACUUAUGUAGGUGGGUAGGGUUUCCCCAGCUGCCCACUGGAAUCUGGGCUAGAGGCUGGAUGGCACAAAAGGUGUGUCACUGCAUUCUGAUGAAGAUCUCUUUCUGCUCUGGAGGAAAAUGUUCUGUAUGAGGAUAAAGAGCAUUUGGAAUGAAGUGAUAUGUACGUGGAACCAGCAACAGUCUUCCUCGCAGCAGUGAGCUCUGUGUAGAAGGAGGUGGUGACUUGGAUCCAAGCAGAUUUAGUAACAGGAUCAAUGGUGCAGCUGACCCCAAGAGGCAAAUCAACAUUAUAUCCAGACAAGGUCUUAUUAAAAAAAAAACAAAAAAAAAACCAAACCCCCCAAAAGGUCAUUAAUUGAAGAAAUGCAUUAGCAAUUUUUAUUCAUAAUCAAAUUGCAGAAAUAUGAGCAUUUCCCUCUAGGAUAUAACGGAACCUGAGAGAAAAUACACAAAUAUUAAUGGCACCACAGCAGUUGUAUUGAAGUCUGGCAGCUGUCAGUUACAAAAGGCAUCUUUACCAGAAGGCAGGAUACAUAGUGUUCACAUUCAGUUUGUUCAAUUAGACCAAUGAAUCAUGAUUAGAAUCAGUUUAAUAGCAUGAUUUUCCUCAGGUGCACGAAGCAACUUUCUGCAAGUCCCUACCACUUACAGCAGAUUCCAAGUGAAGCCAAAAUAAAGUCCCCUUAAUCCUACCCCAUCCCAAGACCUUUCCUUAACUACUCCAUGGCUGCAUGAGUCACCAACUCAAACCCAAUCCUCCCCACCCACCCAGAGGAUAGAACCCCAGACCUCCAGUUGCAAAGACCUUUAUUACAUAGGCUAACAGAACCUCCUUACCUGUCACUAGCAUUAGGGCCUGCAGUCACUAAAAGAUGCACACACGCACACGUGCAGGUGUGACAGUGAAUCAAGCAGUGGGCAACAGCAGCAUAGACAUAUGACAAUCAGGAAGAGAAACCAAAAGACUGAGAUUGGUUGCUUUCUGAGGAAGGUAAUGCCUUCUUCCUGCCAAUUCCAUCCUGUCUCAGAGAGCUUGAACACCACCAGCCAGGAGUGGACAUAACAUGUGCUUCUGCUUCCAUGGUCACAGGGAACGUAGGCACACAGUUGCUAUCAUAAUAAGCAUCACCCUGCAAGUGGUUUCAGUUAACAGUCAGAGCUGAGAACUAACAGGAGUUGUCAGGAUACAUACAUGAUGGGGAUCAAAGUUUCCAACCAGAGCAAGGUAGGGUAGGAUUCACUCUACACUCAGGAAUCUCCUUGAUCCUCAGUCAAGCAUCCCAGUAGACCUCCCUGUAAAACUCUUAAAGCAGCCAGUUCCCAAGUGUCAGACCCGUCAAAACUGUUCAGUGGUUAUGGGGUUAAACUCUCCAGAACUUCAGAGACACACUCAAACUUACUACCUGCCCGUAAUGGAAAAGCCACUUCUCUGCAACAGGGAGAGUUCCUCAGAGUGAGGUGGAAUCAGAAUCUUGGACCAGAGAGGGAAGUGGAGAAAGCUGCAGCACCGAGUCAGUGGGACUAAAGACAGAUAUAGUGGAAAAUGGAGCCUGUGCAAGUUCAGUUUGAAGGGUUCGUUGCGGGGAGGGGGGAGAAAGAGAACUUGUGCCCAGGCUUGUCAUCUGACCUGUCACUAAAGGAGAGUUUUUCCUCUGGGGAGAAACUGAGCUCAAUUAGCUGAAAAUUGCUGAGAGCAUCAGAAAACUUAGAUUGUGCGUUACAUGAGGAGCCUCCCUGAUUUGUUUGGAAAUAGAGGUCUUAAGGAGAGCUGAGCUUUCUAUUCCCAGGGAAAUAGGGAAUAGAAGCAGUCAGGACACAGCUGGAAGAAGUCUGCAGCACAGAAGGUGAAGGGCACCAUGGAUGGUACCCCUGUAAAAGCUAGUUAGUUUCCCAUGGUUGGCAUAACUACAGCAGGCUUGGUAACUGUGGCAUCUUCCUCUUUCCACUGAGAGAUGAUGGUCCUCAGCUGUGUAUAGAACUGCACCCCCUGAAGGAAGUGAGAGAAACAAGGGUUGUACAUUUGGCCUUGGGACUCCUGCAGGCUUCCCACUAUACCCUCAGAGUACAAAGAUUUCCACCACGGGAGCUGCCAAUAGCUUCUCGGCCCUUCCCACCAUCCUGAGGUCUCUGCCCCAGCAAUAAAGCACGUUGCUCAAUUCUCCCUCCAUUCACAAGUCUCCACCUUGUUAAUGCAACCUGAUGGUCUCUUCCCUCACCUCCACCUGGCUUCCUGCACUAGGUUCACAGAGCAGCAAAAACACAAUAUGUUUCCUAGUUUGAUGAGUUACCUGUUUGCCAUAGAAAUUGGUGUCUCCUCUGAAAGAAGCACGAGAGCCAGUGAAGGAGAACAUGGGCAGAGGCACUGGUAUUGGAACAUUUACACCCACCUAAAUCAGAGUAAAGACACCACAUUAAUAGAAGAAACAAGUACCAGACUGUAGCCACAACGGAACAGCCUCAUAUUUCUCUUCCCUGGAAAGAUACUAGAUCCAGUUUCCUUAAAUAUGAGAUAAUAGUAUGUUACACCUUAAGACAGAAAUCAGAAGCCAGGGCUAGAUGGGUGUCUCAUUUACAUGGCAAGCACUGAUGGGAAUAAUUCUACUCUAUACAUUAUCCUAUGGAUACAAACCUGCCCCACGUCCACCAAGUGGGAGUAUUUCCUAGCGGUGGCACCAUUGGUGGUGAAGAUUGCAGUUCCAUUUCCAUAGGGAUUCCUGUUCACUAUCUCAAUUGCUUCAUCAAGAGUGUCUGCUUCCAGAACCACGAGAACUGGCCCAAAGAUUUCCUCCUUAUAGCAGGUCAUGCUUGGCUGCCAAGGCAGAAACAGCAGAAAACAAAACUUAUGUUAGGGAAAUGCCACAGACACCCCCAAAGCAGAGACCCCCCCCACAAAUCAAACCCUCAGAGCAUUCCCAUCAUCACUCACCAUCCUUCAAUUCACUGGACAUCAUCCUGCAUAGAAUCACAGAAUUGUAGGACUGGAAGGGACCUCAAGAGGUCAUUUAGUUCAGUCCCCUGCACUCAUGGCAGGACUAAGUAUUACCUAGGCCAUCCCUCCCCCUUGAAACAACCUUUUAUGUACUUGAAAAGGUAUGUCCACUCUCUCAGGCUUCACUUCUCCAAACUAAACAAAACCAAUUUUUUUCAAUUUUCCCUCAUAGGUCGUGUUUUCUAGACCUUUAAUAAUUUUUGUUGCUCUUCUCUAGACUUUCUCCAAUUUAUCCACAUCUUUCCUGAAAUGUGGCAACUAGAACUGAACACAAUACUCCAGUUGAGACCUAAUCAGCACAGAGUAGCGUGGAAGAAUUACUUUUCAUGUCUUACUUACAACAUUCCUGCUAAUACAUCCCAGAAUUAUGGUCAAAUUUUUUUAAAACUGUUCACUCAUUUAACUUGUGAUCCACUAUGACCCGCCCUAAUCCCUUUCUGCAGUACUCCUUCCAAAGAUUCCUAGGGCAGUCAUUUUCCAUUUUGCAUGUUCCUUCCUAAGUGAAGUAUUUUGCAUUUGUCCUUGUUGAAUUUGCAUGCCCCACUGUCCCUCAUGUCCUAGUGGCUACCAACCCCAAUGCCAUGCCCUGCCAUCUGUCACGCCCAACUAUCACAUCCAUUGCCUGCUCUCAGUCAAGUGACAAACCUACUCUUUGGACUGAGGGCUGAUCAAGGGGUCUAGAUUCAAUUAGGACUGGUUUGCUUCUGUUUCUGUAACUCCUGGCUUUCCAUCCUCCCAGCCUGGGUGACCAGAUCACUAUAACUUGACACACAUCUUGCCUGCUAGUCAACCCCAUUGCACCCUACCCGCCAUCCCUCUCCCUUGCACUCUCACAUUGUCUACAACUCUCCCACUGUCAUUCCAAACCACCAAUUUCUUAUGUAGGAGCUGGAGGUUUGGCAAUUAAUUGUCUGCAUCACCCCAUUCACACUCUUCUACCUUCCUACCUCCCAGUUUCCCAGCUUCAUCUGCAUACAUCUCAGUCCAGUCACAGACCACUUAUCACUCUCCCAUCCAGAUUUCAGGAUAUACUGAGGUUGGAACCUUAACCAUUCUACCCUGCCCAAUUAACACAUGCAACAUCCAUAAGUGCUUAAAUGCACACACUGAACCAGCAGUCUGCCAUCUAGCCUAUCAAGGCUGAUAAGCCCACUGGGUCAUUGCCAGCUGUGUUGGGAAGACCACAAGUGCCACCCUUUCCACUGAACCUAUGAUAUACUUUAUUCCUCUGCAUCCAGUGACCAGCUCAUUGACUAGCUCACCUGGACUUUAGCAAGGAUGGUUGGUCCGACAAAGUUGCCUCUCUCAUAACCCUUCACUUUGAUGUCUCGUCCAUCCAGAAGGAGGGCAGCUCCUUCCUUCACUCCACACUCAAUCAGGUGGCAGACUCGCUCCUUAGCCUGGGGGGUGAUCAAGGGCCCCAGAUCUGCUCCUGGUUGGUCUCCUUUGAAGUACAGAAGCAGGGGAAGGUUUGAAUUGUGAUGGUUUCAUCUUCAAAGAGAACAACCAACAACUACCUUCCCAGCAAAGAUACAAGAAUUCUAAAAUUAAGUAGCCGAGGAACACAAAAAACUCAAACACACAGAACCAAGAGGCCCUGAACUCCAAACCCAUAGGGGAGCCCCAAACCAACAGAAAAGCCCCAGGCUUCCAAAACAGAGAGAGAGAAGUCCCCACGCCCAAAACACACAGAGCUGACAGUUGCUGUGCUGAGUUCUGUAAUUCUGAAGCUCUUGAAAAUUUUGCAAAAGCCUUCUUGAACCAUAGAAGGGAAAAGGUAACAAAAGGUCAUCUUGUCCUGUAUAUGCUACAUAUGACAGCUGCUAAAAACAAGCAUAAAAUGGAGUCAAAGAGGAACUGAGUUUGGUUAGUCUGCAGUACUGCCAAUCUCGAGAUUAAAAACCAUGAGUUGGAUCCUGAAAUAUCAUGAAAUUGGCCUCAGAAACCAUGAGAUUUAAAACAUAUCAUGAAGACUUUUUGUUUUUAGUCUGUCUUUUGACUUUUUAAACUCCCCUGUACUCCAUGUAUUUGAGAUAAUUUGAUGGGUUUUUUUUAAAAUCAAUCUUUAAUGCACAUAUGCCUUUAACUGGCUGCUCAAAUGGAGACUCAGUGUAUGCUGGAGGGCCACAAACAUAUUUAAGAACUAGAAUAGAGAAGAUGCAAGUCUUAGUUUUAGUUAAGCUAGUCCUAAAUAGCAAGAGACUCAUUUCAAUAUAACUGUAAUGCUUCUGUUAAUGAUGUCUCAUUAAUAGGAUGGUCGUCUUAAAAGUAUCUCUUCAAAAAUAGGAGAUAGGUGGAGGGAAGGCAUCUAUGCUGGCAGGAAAGAGGGGGAGUACUUAUGUUAAGGUAUUUUACAGGCAUAAUAUAACUCAAUAGAGAGCUUUAUAGUGUGAUAAAGUUAAAAAUAAAAUAUGAUGGAAAAGCCUAAUUCACACAGUUAGAAAUACAUUGUACAAGGCCUAUAAAUGGAGCUGGAAAAUGAACAUCCAAGAAAUGCAAAGUAAUCUAUGUAUCAAGAUUUUCAAUUAUUUUUCAAUAAAGAUGUAUGUGAAUGGCAAAGAUCUUUACACCAA